UUUCGACACGUUACGGAAUUCUCGCACUUUCCGAAAUUACCCCUCACUCCGCUCACAGCCCACUCGCUCACUCGCUCGCCUCUCUUCUCCCCGUCGCUCCCCUCUUCUCCCCGUCGCUCUCCCCGACUCCCGCCGGCAUCUCCCUGACUCCCCGUCGCCGGCCUCUCUAGCAUAUCUCCCCGUCGCCGCCACCUUUCUCCGCGUCCAUAGCCGGCAUCCAUUCACGUCCGGCGUCCACUCAUAGCCGGCGUCCAUUCACGCCCCACAUCCAAGGUCAAAGAAUGAAUUUUUUGCGCCGGCGACGAGCUUCUGGGCGACAGAGGCGAUGGAUUUGCGUGCGCCGGCGCUCGAUCUAGGCGAGGGAGGCGCUGGAUCUGCGCUCGUCAGCACUGGAUGCAUAGUGGAGGCCGAGCGGCGUAUCUGGAGAGGCGCGGGAGCAACUGGCGGAUCUGGAGCGGCUUGGUCAUCCUCACGGAUCUGUGUGCCGGACUCCACUACGGCUCUGAAGCCUUCACAAAGUUACUAAAAUCGUGUGAUUGUUGCUGUGCAAGCAAAGAUGAAGCUGAUGGAUCACCCCAGGCCCAGAGCAACUUGCUGGUGGAUUCUGGAGUAUGUGUGUGAAUUGCUGAAUGGAGUAGAAUGGUGGAGUGCAGUUGAGGUCUGGGACAACCAUCUUCUGCUGCUUUCAGUUCAUUCCUCUCUUUGCUACGUGGUCAUUGUUUCAGGACAGAUCGAGUUCGUUUCCAGCGACAGCAGAGAGAUGUACUCCAGCAGAGGAUCAAAUGAUCAGAGAGAGGAGAUGAACCUGGGCACCAACCGAACCCAGCAGAAGCUCCUGGACGUGAGAGAGGAGGAGCGCCUGCGCCUGGAUGCAGUAAUUUUCAAUAUACUUGAAUAAGGCUGAUGAUCGCCCUUGCCAUAUUUCUUCGUGAUUGAUUCUGAUGUGCUACACUUUGGCAAGUCUUGUCUUCUUCUGCUUUGUACUUUUGUCCUUGCUUAACAUUCAUAGUAAAGUGAUUUAAGACUUGAAGAACAUGAUACGGUUCCAUCGCAAAAGAAGAAGAAGAACAUGGUACGGUCUCACUGUGAGUGUUAGCUCUCUACUAAAUGUUGCGUCUUUUUUAUAAAAUUAGUAACAAACAUUUAGACAAGAUUUUUGGUACAUGUUGCAUGUUGUUGUGGACUGAUUAUUUGCUUCAUUUAUCAACAUCUUGUUGAUUUAUGAUUCUUCAGUAAAGCCACACAUACAUGGCGUCACUAAAUGUUCUAUCUUGGAAUGAUAUCUAAAAACACGAGCUUGUAGAAGACAACUAAUUUUUUCUUAGCCGCUAUCACUAACGAGCUUUUAUGUCUGAACAUUGAAAUUAUAUUAGUAAUACAAGCUUUAAUCGCCAUUAACUGCGGUGGAUGCAUGUCAUGACCACCGAAUGGGUAGGAAUGUUGCAUGGUCAGUUUUCUUUUAAUCCUUACAUGCAAGAAUGUAAUGCAUCUCAUAAUCUAAACAGAUGUGAGAAAGAAAUAAAAAUAGUACUUACAAUAAUAAUAAUAAUAAUAAUAAUAAUAAUAAUAAUGAGAUAGGCUCAACAAACCAUAAAUGAAGGAGAGUAUGUAUUAUACCACACACUUAUGUUAUACGCCCUCUGAAUGCGUUUUGAAUCACCGGGCAGAUUGUGGUCUUCUUCUAGUUUCCAAAUCUGCCCAUAAUUCAAUUUCACUGCCUGCCUAAGUCCACUUUGUAUGUUUUGAGUCCAUUCGGGUUUGGUUUUGUUAGGUUUUAAAUUCAAACAUGUUUGUAUUUUUAAAAUUUGGAAGUUUGUAAAAAUCCCCAAACCACUUAAUGUAAGUUCCCCAUAUUUGUCAAUUAUCUUGGUCUAAAUCUUUCUUUUCUUCAAUCUUCUGUUUAAUAAUUGAAAAAGAAAAAAAAACAAGAAGGAGAGGUCCAUCAGCCAGCAUACAGCCCAGCUAAACUUUCGUGGUCGGCCUAUCCACCCCCGCUAACCCUCUAUAGCAGCCAGGAGAAGGACGCGGCUAAUCUGCACCCGAGCUCAUAUGCUCCCGCAUGAACAGUAAAAUCGAAAAAAAUAAAAUAAAAAUUCAAAAAAUUUCAAUUUUUUUUUAGUGAAA